AUGGAAAGUUUCAGAAAAGCAUAUGGUGCUCUAAAGGACUCCACCAAGGUUGGCUUAGCCAAUCUCAACAGUGAAUUCAAGGAUCUGGAUAUUGCGAUUGUCAAAGCAACGAACCACGACGAAUGCCCCCCUAAAGAGAGGCAUGUUAGAAAGAUAUUUGCAGCGGUAUCUAUAAACCGUCCACGAGCUGACGUUGCGUACUGCAUUCAUGCACUUUCGCGCAGAUUAGCAAAGACGCGCAAUUGGAUCGUAGCAAUAAAGAGUUUGAUAGUUAUUCAUAGAACACUAAGAGAAGGAGAUCCUACAUUUAGAGAAGAAUUACUACAAUACUCUCACAGAGGAAAAUUGCUACAAAUAUCCAAUUUCAAAGAUGACUCCAGCCCUCUCGCUUGGGAUUGCUCUGCUUGGGUUCGUACGUACGCACUCUUCUUGGAAGAAAGACUCGAAUGUUUUCGGACGCUGAAUUACGAUAUAGAAGCUGACAGAGUACCGAAAUCGGCUCCCGGAGUAGUUUCCAAGACAUAUAGCAAGACGCGGUUAAUGAACGGUGACGAAUUGUUGGACCAGCUACCUGCAUUGCAACAGCUUCUGUAUCGCCUCGUCUGUUGCCAGCCUGAAGGAUCAGCCUGCCACAAUUUUCUGGUACAAUAUGCAUUGGCUCUGGUACUAAAAGAGAGCUUCAAAAUAUACUGUUCGAUUAAUGACGGUAUCAUUAAUCUCGUCGACAUGUUCUUCGAAAUGCCGAAACACGACGCAGUGAGGGCUCUAAACAUUUACAAGAAAGCCGGAAAACAGGCAGAACAUCUAGCCAAUUUCUACGGAUUCUGCCGAAACUUGGAACUUGCUAGAACCUUCCAAUUUCCUACACUAAGACAGCCGCCUCCGACAUUUCUAGCAACGAUGGAGGAGUAUAUAAGGGAAGCACCUCAAACAGGCUCUCUUUCACAUAAAAGAUUGGAAUAUAGAGGAACGGAAGAAGAACCGGAAGAAGAACCCGAGACGCCACAUCCACAAAUAGUCGAGAAAAAAAUCGAAGAAACCGAAGUCAAAGAAGAGAUACAAGAGGAGCCGGAACCCGAGCCGCCUACGAUCGAAGAAGAAGUUCCUGUACUGCCAGUAGUAGCUGAUGAGCCUGCAGAUUUGCUAGGGUUGAAUAAUGAAGUACAUCCACAUGCCUUAAAAUUAGAGGAAAGCAAUGCAUUAGCCCUUGCAAUUCUACAGCCUGGCUAUGAUCCACCAUCAAAUAACAAUGCACUAGUUGAGUUAGGAAAGACUUCUGGUUGGGAAUUGGCUCUUGUUACUGCACCAAGCAACACUAGUAAACCCCAUCAAGUUCAAGAAGCCAAAAUGGCCGGUGGAUUUGACAACUUGCUGCUCGAGAGCUUGUACGAGGAUAACGCGGCGCGGCGAACGCUGCAGCUGCACAGUGCGGGCUACAACACGGGCUAUGGAUACGAAGCGGGAACGGCGACCCAACAACAACAACAACAAAACCCGUUGGAUCAAAUACACGACCCGUUUGCGAUGUCGAACAACGUAGCGCCCCCGACGAACGUGCAAAUGGCGAUCAUGUCACAACAGGAGCAAAUGAUGAUGAUGCACCAACAACAACACCACCAAAUGAUGAUGUUGCAUCAGCCGCAGUAUUCUUCCGGGGAUAACCCGUACGGGGCCCACAACCCGUACGGGGCCCCGUAUUCUUCGGGGGAUAACCCGUUUGGCGACCCGUUCAAUUAUCCGCAGAGUAGUGCUAUUCAACAACACAAGAACGACACUUUGAUUUAG